GGCUUUGCCUUGCUCUGGGCUGGGCUGGCGCUGGCUGAACUGGUCCCCACUUUCAGUAAAUGCAGACGCUAUUUCUACAGAGGAAUUGAGCCCCAAGGGUUUGACACUACAAACAGAGCUAACAUUUGCCAGAAAUAUGGAGAAACAUCAUUUUGCAACCUUUUACGAUGAGAGAAGCCGAAUCCCGGUCUGGUCAGCUUACACUAUAGAUGAAGGAAAUUGCACAGAUACAGCCUCAGAAACAUGGAAGGUGGAGCUGCAGCUGGCUGGUUUGUCAGAGGCAAAUAUGGAGAUGGAAGGAAAACUGCUUCAAGACAUGAAACAGAAAAACCGGAAAGAAAACCAAUCCAUCAAAGAAAAACUGAAAGAAAAGCAAGCCAUCAAUGAAGAUUAUGAGAGAACACACUAUGACCGGGGACACCUGAACCCAAACUCCUUCCAGUGUGGUCAAGGCCGAAUAGCCACCUUCACACUCACCAAUGCGGUCCCCAUGAACCCCUGCUUCAAUUGGUAUGAGCUAGAACGAAAUCUCAAGACGCAGUUAACAAACAGCUGUGAGAAAAAUCAGAAAGGGAAACCCUUUCUAGAGACUGGAGCAGUGCCCAAUGAAAAAUAUAAAAUCCCCAUUAAGAAGGAUGACAAACAAAGGAACAUCAACUGAGAUGCAGAGAGGGUGGUGGUGCCCAGCCACAUCUGAACAGCCAUUUGCUGUGAGCACUCAGACAAUAACAAGAAAUUCUCCUUCGCCUUCCUGGGAAUGAACAGGCCAAAUAGCAUCCUGGAGCCCAUGAAAGUGACACAGCUGAACAAAGAGCUAAUGGGGCUGUAUGGGAAUCCAUCAGAGCAGCCAAUCAAGAUUUUUAAUGAUGACUGUAAUGAAGAAGGCACAAAGUCACAUUACGUUUUAUUGGAAAUAACCAAACAGUUGCACGACACCAGCUAGACUCUGGGUUUCCCUUCUCACCCAUUUCCAGAAUCAUGGCCCAGUUUCAGGUAGUUUCAGGUGUUCUUACAAGGAGAGAUAUUCAAAGACAUGAUAAUACAUGUUUAUUAACUACAGAAAGAGAGAUUUUAAGUGAUUACAAGUAUGAGGCGUAAAAGCCAGAAUUGGUUACAAAGAAAUAAAAGGUAAAGUGCAAACUAACACCAAACUUAACAAACUAAGUGAACUUGAUGGUUCUCACCACAUGCUCACAGCAGUCUGGAUGGACCUUCAGCCAGGACCACUCCCCCAGUUCAGUGAUGCUUCGUUUGUUCUUCAGAUGUUGUUGAUGCUGCGAGUAGAGACGUGGGGACAGAGGUGAUUUGUGUCCUCUGUUGCUCAUUUUUAUAUCUUUUCCUCCUCUGAGAAUCAUCCCCAGCUGGAAUUCAGAUGACAGCCAGUCUGUUUAUACAGGAACCUCCAACUAAGGCCUGGUCUACACUAGGACUUUAAUUUGAAUUUAGCAGCGUUAAUUCGAAUUAACCGUGCACCCGUCCACACCACGAAGCCAUUUAAUUCGACAUAGAGGGCU